AUGGAGAGUAUAGUGGAGGCAAGCAGCUGAUCCGUUCAGUAUGAGAUUGUCAUGUGUACUGUGAACGUUGGCCAUUCUAAGUGAAUAUCAUGACCCGGACAAAUUUACUGAAGUUUGUAGCAUUACUUGCUACUCUUAUCUCGACGAUCGGUGCCUCGGAAGAUCGGGAAACGCGAAGUACUAACCCGGGAGAUGUGUUUCACAACCAAUUCGCUGUUCACAUUCCCGAAGGAGCAAAUGCAGCUCAAGAAAUAGCCUCAACUCAUGGGUUUUCGAACUUGGGUCAGAUCGGUUCCCUGGAGAACUACUACCUGUUCGAACACCCUCACGUUCACAAACGAUCGGCGGAGCCAUCCGACCAUCACCAUGAGACUCUCAGCUCGGAUCCUAGGGUGAUGUGGGUGGAGCAGCAGAAGGAGAAGAAACGCGUCAAGAGAGAUGGGUCGAUGGUUCCUGACGAUCCGUCUCCCCACGUCGAAGGGGAACGCCUUUUGGAAGACAGGGACGUCCUCGCUAGACAACGUCGCCAGUUCGACUUCAGCAGGUUCUUCUUUACGCCCACGCCCUCUAGGAGGGGAUCCAGCCGCUUCCCGGAUCCCCUGUAUUCCCGCCAGUGGUAUUUAUCGGAGGGCGCCAACGGGGGCUACGACAUGAACGUGGGACCCGCCUGGGCACGAGGGUACACCGGCAAGGGCGUCGUGGUCACCAUUUUAGACGACGGCAUCCAGCACAACCACCCCGACAUCGCCCAGAAUUACGAUCCUAAAGCGUCGACUGACAUCAACGACAGCGACCCAGACCCGAUGCCACGGGACAACGGCGACAACAGACACGGCACUCGCUGCGCUGGUGAGGUCGCCGCCGUCGCCUUCAACGACUACUGCGGCGUUGGCGUCGCCUACAACAGCAGCGUUGGAGGGGUGAGGAUGCUGGACGGUACUGUUAAUGAUGCUGUGGAGGCGAGAGCCAUCUCUCUGAAUCCAGAUCACAUCGACAUUUACUCAGCCUCCUGGGGGCCUGAAGACGAUGGCAAGACUGUGGACGGACCUGGUCCACUGGCCAAGAGAGCCUUCAUCAAUGGAGUCAUUCGGGGACGACAUGGCAAAGGUUCCAUUUUCGUGUGGGCUUCUGGAAAUGGUGGUAGACAUACAGACAACUGCAACUGUGAUGGAUAUACAAACUCUAUAUUUACUCUAUCCAUCUCAUCAGCAUCCCAAAGGGGGUACAAGCCUUGGUACCUAGAAGAAUGUUCCUCAACUCUUGCCACAACAUACAGCUCAGGCACUCCUGGUGUUGAUGCUAGUGUUGCUACAGUAGAUAUGGAUGGAGACCUCAGGGCUGAGCAUAUAUGUACAAUUGAACAUACAGGAACUAGUGCAUCUGCCCCAUUAGCUGCUGGCAUUUGUGCCUUGGCCUUAGAGGCCAAUCCUGACCUUACUUGGAGGGACAUGCAACACAUUGUUGUCAUGACUUCUCGGUAUGAGCCCCUAAGACAAGAAGAUGGAUGGUUUACUAAUGGUGUAGGACGAAGAGUAAGUCACAAAUUUGGCUAUGGACUAAUGGAUGCUGGGAAGCUUGUUGAACUUGCUGAGAAGUGGACAACUGUACCUCCCCAGCAUGUAUGCCAGAGUUCUAAAGACAGAACUCAAAAGGGAAUUCCUACCAUAAUGGGAGAGAGUGUGGUUGCAGAGAUUGUCACUGAUGGAUGUGCAGGAACUUCAGCUGAAGUGCGUUACUUGGAACAUGUGCAAGCCAGAGUUUCAUUGCGUUUUCUCCCAAGAGGGAAUAUUAACAUUAAAUUAGUGUCCCCUUCAGGAACGGUUUCAACACUUCUUUUUGAUAGACCUCGUGAUGUGUUCUCAGAAAAAUUUGAUGAUUGGCCAUUUUUAUCUGUUCAUUUUUGGGGUGAAAAAGCAGCUGGCACAUGGAAACUCAUAGUUACCAAUGCUGGCACACGACAAGUUCCUCGUCCAGGUGUCCUAAUCCAAUGGCAGCUCAUCCUACAUGGAACAAGGGAACCUCCUGGUCGUCUUCGCUCUGAACAGUCUCAAAGGUCAGAUCCUUUGUCUUCUUUGACUCUGGUCCUCCCCACCCAAUCUGCCUCAGCUCCCCACAUCCCAUCAAGAAGGCCCUCUAGUGAUCCCUUCACAUUUAGCGUCCUUGAUCAAAUAUUUGCCGGAUCCAGCCCCGAAGCCACUUUUGCCACUCCUGAUGGUACGAUUAUCUCUGGGCCAAACCAAAUAGCCUCAGCCGUCAGUAACGGUACAAAGAAGGUAUCCGAGUCAGAAGUAUGUCACAGUCAGUGUCGUGGGGGCUGUUCAGGUCCAGGGCCAAACAACUGCAGAGGAUGCCAUCACUACAGUCUUGAAGGUGAGUGUGUAGGCAGCUGUCCAGAGGGAACUUAUGCUUCAGAGAAUCAAGAAUGUUUGGGGUGCCAUGAGUCAUGUGUUAUGUGCAGUGGACCAGCACAAAACCAGUGCCUUGCCUGUCAUUCAGGAUUACUUUAUGUGCUACACCUUGGACUCUGUGUUGAGACUUGUCCACAGGGGUAUUAUUCAGUUGACGGUACUUGUAUGCAUUGUGGAUUGCAUUGUAAUGAGUGUGAUGGUCCUGAACAGUGCACCAUUUGUGACCACCAUCUGCUUCUUGCAAAUGGAUCCUGUCUCACAAGUUGCCCUCAAGGAUUUUAUGAAACCCAGGAUAAUAAAUGUGGCUCAUGUUACCCACAAUGUGAAACUUGUGUAGGGGGUUCAGAAAAUGACUGUGCAACCUGCAGGCCUAAUUCAUACCAAUACAAAGGUAGAUGUGUCUUCCGCUGCCCUGAUGGCACGUUUGGUGAAGAAGUGACUGGGGAGUGCCUUGUGUGUCCUGCAGGUUGUGCAACCUGUAAUGGAGCAGAUUCUUGUACUACUUGUAUUGAUGGAUGGAGAAUAAAAUCAGGUCGUUGUGUGGCUUCAUCAAAUCACUGUAACAUGAAUGAAUUUGCUGGGGUUGAUGGACUUUGCCAGCCAUGUCAUUCCACUUGUUUAGCUUGUGUUGGACCUAGGGAUUCAGAGUGUCUGCAUUGUGCACAAAGAAGAUUCCUACUAGAGUCAAAAUGUGUUGGGUCAUGCCCUCAUGGAUAUUUUGCUCUAAGAGGUCGAUGUUUACCAUGUCCUCAUGGCUGUCACACUUGUACUUCUUACAAAGAAUGUGGGUCUUGCUCUGCAAAGUUCCACUUAUACAACAGUCAGUGUAUAGCAUCUUGUCCACUCGGGUUUUAUAGUGACAGAGGAAUUUGCGUUGCAUGUGAAUCUUCGUGCUUCUCUUGCUAUGGUCCAAGAAGUGAUCAGUGUGCAUCAUGCCAUAAUAGUUCAUUCCUUUUGAAUUCUACAUGUCGUCCAUCAUGUCCUGAUUCUCAUUAUCCUGAUGGAAGGAAAUGUCUUCCUUGCUACAACAACUGCCGUACUUGCAAAGGUUCUGGCCUUAAUGAUUGUACAUCAUGUCAUGACUACCUUACACUGGAUGGUGGUAUGUGCAUAGAGUGCAGAUCAGGUCGCUAUUAUAAUUUAAGCUCCCAAUCUUGUGAAUCGUGUCACUCGUCAUGUCUAACAUGUUCAUCAGGAGGAGAUGGUGGUUGCACCUCAUGUGAAGCUCCUAAAUCCCUUCAUUUAGAGUCUGGCACAUGCAGAAUGUGUUGUCCUGAAGGGGUCACAGAAGAGGACCAUGGGCCCCCUUGUUGCUCAUGUGAUCCUGCAACUAGUCAGUGUUUUGGGGCAGUAUCAGCUGAUAAGAGACGAAUCGCAUUGAGUUUAAAUUCAGAUUCAUCACAGACCCCUUAUAGACAACCCGACUUUUUAUCCGCCACGUCUCUUAUUGUUAUUAUUUGCUUAGUAAAUGUAUUGAUGUUUGGUGCUGUAUUCACCGUACUUCAGGUAAGAUCGAAUGGUUCCUUGUGCUGGUCAAGAGAUUAUUCUUACAGAUUUCUUAAAACAGCUAACAUGUCUGAAAAGGUGUCAUUAACUUUAGUACCGUUUGUGGAGGAAGAUGAUUCUGAAGAUGAGCGAGAACAUGAACAGUUGUAUAUGAAAGCAUAAAUAGUCUUUUUAUGAAAAUAAACAGUUUUAGAGUGAGAUAUAAAACAUUGAAACAAGAAUGUUAGACUACAAGUGACUUUAGGAUUUGGUGAUGUAUUCAUGUCUGCAAAUCUCAAGAAACAAAAAAUUAACUUUUAUUUUCCCUCAGGUGAUACUUGUGAUUCUUUUGUCAGAUAUGUGUAACCUGCCUCAUUUUGGAAAGCAUAAACAAAAGGGAAGUUUGGAAGUUUUGUUACCUUUGAUGUACAUGUUUUGUGAUGAGAGAAGGAUGCUAUCUUUCAAUCAAUGUUGUGCCAUGACAGCAAAGUUUAUUCAGCUUUAGCAUUUUUCAUUUGAAGAAUAUUUUGUCACUGAAUUGCCGGCUGUUUUUUUUUUUUUUUUUUUUUUUUUUUUUUUAAAUUUCCACCUAUAUUAAUUCUAUCUUUUUCCUCUGCUGAGGUAUUACACCAAAAAGAAUAAUAUGCCAGUUUUGUACUUCAUUGUAAUCAGGAACAGAUGGAUGCGACAUCAUCAUCAUCAUUCCUUCACAGGAUGUCAUAUCCCACUUUUUGUUUAAUUUUCAUAAAUACAUCUCCGUUGUGAUGAGACAUAGAGGCAUUGAUGCUCAGUUGAAAAAAGGGUAUUAAUGAUGUCAAGUUAAUGAUUUUAAGGAAUUUCAUUUGUUAAAAAACAUACUUUUUAUGUAUUUAAAUAUGGUUAAGACAGAUAUUGCCCUCCAUCCUUGAAGAUAUCAGGAAGGGGAGAUUGAUAUCAAAAAGGAAUCUCUUCUCAUAAUGUAGACUACAAUAGUUUUAUCUUAGAAUAUAGAAAAUAUUUUCUUUUUUGUUUAUUGAAAUGGAAAUGUUUAGAAAAUACAGACAUCAAUUAUUUUAGUUCCUAAAUGAUGACUUAGUUUUCAUAUGAAACUCCUGGCUGUAUAAAGAAAGUAAAAAUAUAUAAUAUUUGGCACAUAACUUAUGUGCCUAUGUGUCCCCUUCCCCCCUUUUUGAUACAAGGGAGCAAACAUUUUCAAGGUAACUAUCAUUUCCAUUUUAGCUCAUUAUCUUGACAUUACUCAGUCGAGAUUUAGUGCUCAUUUAGCAUGGCAUUUGAAACAAUUUCCCAGACAUGUGAUUUUAUAUGUUGUCUGGCAGCGUGAUGAACUGUAUAGUAUUGCAUCUUGAAUGUAAGGUUUUUGCCAUGUUUGCUAAUGAAGUUGUUAAUAAGCUGUAUUUUAAAUGAUUCACAGAUCAUGAUAUAGAUGUGGUUUAGUCAUGGCAGAGUGGAGGAUAUAACGUUUUUAAAAUGCUCCUUCUAAAUUGUGGUCUUAAGGUCAUAGUAUUUAGUUAAGGACUUGGAUCAUUGUUCACUAAAAGAAAUGCAGGCUAUGAAAUUUUAAGGGAGCGAAGAUGCUAAAUCACAACUGACAGGAUCUGUGUAUCUCUUAAAAGUACAAUACCUUGUAUGUUUGUUACAAAGUAACUGAUACCUAAUUUAUGAAAAUACCAGAACUUUUCAUGUUUGCAAGACUAAGUAUGGUGCUGGUGCAGUGGGUAAUACUUGUGUGAUACAUCAUUGGGCAUAAAAGUUAACGUAAGAACAAUGUACAGUGGGGACUGCAGACCUUCUCCUCAAACUCUCCUCACCAAGACUGACUUCCUUUCACCUAUAAUCUGAAGCAUAAAAUUUCAGUAUAAAAUUCAUACAAUGUCUUUAUGUGGUGUAGCAUUCAAAUUCUAUCAUUGAAAUAAGUCAACACUUAAGGUAUGCCAUGAAAAUAUGUAACUGACAUGAUACAGUUAAAACUUUCUUGGUGGGUCAAGUUUGACAACUGAAGCAUAAAAUAUUGUAGAUAAAUUUCAUGUCACAAACAAGGACAUAAUGCCUUGUGAUAAGGUGGCCUUAAUGUUCAAAAAAGGUAGAUAGUUGUUUUUUAUUGCCCGUGUUGUUAUUUGGACAUGAGUACCCAUACACGCUAAGUUAUGUCAGAAUUUCAUUGGUAUUUUAUAGUGAUUUCUUGCUGUAGUGAGAACCUUCCCAUAUUUGUGCAAGUCUUUUGUUACAAUGGUAAAAUAUUAAGACAUUUAGAAUAUGAAAAUUUUGGACCUGGGAAACUUAUUGAGACUGUGCUGCACCUACCUUUAUUUUUAUCCCUUUCAUUCAGUAGUGUUACUGGUUAUUAAAUGGGCAUGUGAAUAACAUCUUACAGCAUUUUACCAAGGCAAAAGAGAUUACUUCAUUUGAAGAGUUGUGAUAUCAAAAUACUCUUUAUUUAUUUACAUUAAGGGUUUGUGUAAUAAUUUUUUUGUAAUUACAGUCGUUCAAGCUUCUUUUUAAGCUCAAACUUUGUAAAUAUGUGUGGGCUUGAUAUAAUUAAGAACUAGUCUUAUAAUAAGACUCUAAAAUGAAUAUUAAUCCAUUCAUAUUUAUUGUAACAUCUAAGGAAGACCAUUUACCACUAUAUUUGUAUCUUCCAAAUAAAUGACUCAUUUCUGUAAAGAAUUAAGAAAAAAUAUAAAUGAUUGAAUGUUGACUUCAAAAUUCAGUUAAACCACUUUGUAUGCAGUAGUACUUCUGUAUAAAAAGUUGAAUCUGAUUAGUGACUUCAUAAUGACUGUACAACCAGCUUGUAUACAGUAACUUCUGUAUAAAGCUGAAUCUGAUUGACUGACUUCAGAAUGACUGUACAACCACUUUGUAAACAGUAUUUCUAAUUUCAUGGUUUAUACUCCACCCAAAAAUAAGUUGCAAAUGGUUUGAACAUUUAUUUUGGAGUACUUAAUAUCUUUACUUCCUAAAUGGAGGUUUUAUUUAAGUCACAGAUCUAUUUAUUUUAGAAAAUACUGUAGUGUUUUCAAAUGUUUUGAGAUGUAAUGUUGCAAGACUUUGUACAUGGGAGCAACAUGAAUUACCAUAUCAACUUUUUCCAGGUCCCUCAUAUAUUGUAUCAAUAGAAUUCUUAAGAUUUACUUCAAGAAAUAACAUUAUCUGAAGAUAUGUAUGAAUCAGUUCAGUAUGGAGAUAGACUACUUAGAGUGCUAGUCAGUAUUGUCACAGUAGUGUAUGAGAUGUAUGGAUGAUUGAAUAUUUAUAUGGAAUACGUACUAAAGUGUGAUAUGUUCAUGUGCACAAUAUCUCAGCAGAACAAGUGGACCCAUUUUCUUAUAGGCAUCUGCCUAAUCUCAUACAACUACUUACUAUAUUAACAACUGAUUUGGAAGCAUUAACAGUAAAAGCAGUAUUUUCUCCCUCGGUAAAUGUAGCAUUUGAGAAGCAAAUUGCAGUUAGAACAAUAAGUGCAGUGUAAUAAUAUAGAUCAAAACAUUAAAAAAAAAAAAAAAAAAAAGUUUCAUUUUAAUCUUAUAAACUGUUAUUAAUACUAAACUCAAAUUUUUUUUUAAUCAACAUUUUAGUUAUUUUCCCUCAGUCUUUUUAGCUCUUUAUCCCAAUUGUUACCCAUUGCUAUUCUUCUGGCUCCUCCACAUUGCUGAUUUUUGCCAUGUCAGUCCAGUCAUCAUGCAAGUCUCUUUUCAGUAUCCAUAUCCCAUAGACUCUCCAGAAGGUUAUCUUUCUAUCCUUCCAUCUACUUAAAGAUCUUUCCUUCAUUUAACCCUCCAAUUACUACUGUGAUAUUCUAGAUCCUGUACACAUGCUCCUUACCUGGCCCAUGUCAAUUAAUGUUUUGUUAUGGUACUGAAGUUCAUCAUUGACAUUUUCUCUGGGAACUUAACUCCAUAUCAGAUUUAAGUCCUUCAAUCCUACUCCCUCAUAGCGGGUUAGUGCCAUCAGUGUACCACAUCCAACUCCUUUCAUUCCUUUUACUUUACCUCCAUUCAUAUUAUUUCUUUCAUCUAACUUUCCACCUUCUCUAACACGUCUCAGUGUAACUGCAAAGUUUACCUCCAGUUACACCUUUCAAGCCUUCUUACUGUCAAUUUCCCUUUUAGCACUGAAUGACCUCAUACGUCCCAGCUCUUGGCCUAAAUUCUAUUCUAUUCAGUCCCACUUACCAUCUUUAUAGAUUCAAUCAACUCUCUUUCCUGAUACUUUGUAAAAGUCCAAGUUUCACAUCCAUAUAAGUAGCGCUGCUGGUGUUAAAUGCUGUUACAGGUUCACUAUUAUGGCUGUGGAUAUUCCCAUAAUUUGGAGACAACUUUCAUACCACCUUUGAAGCCAAGAUUAAAUCAACUCGGUGGUGUGGUCAAGUUACUUAAUAAAAAUAGAGCCAAAAUUCUUUCUACUAAAAUGUUUUGUUCAUUAUUAAUAAAAUUUGUAUUAACUUUCUGUUCCACAUAUCUUAUUUUUACUUUUUCCACUACCUUGAAUUUUACUUGGUUUAUAUGCAAUCCUAUGUUAAGACACUGCCUCUUUAAAUGGUUGGUAGAGAGACAUGAUACAGUAUAUAUUUGGUAUAAGCUAGUCUUAUGGUUAUAAGGACCAUCAAACAUACAAUGGUUUAAUGAAACCAUUAAAACAAUCAACUUUUUACAUAACAGAUAUGUCCAUGUUAUCUGAAGAUGUAGUACUAGUUGAUUAAAAUGGUUAUAGCAAUGAAACAUUUUUGGAAGUAGCAAUUUUUUUUCUAUCAAAUGAAAGACUUUAUUAGACUGGUAUUUCCUGUAUGCAGCAUUAUAGUUGUUAGUUAAGUUUUCUCCCUAUCUGAAUGACAAGAAAGUAUGCACAUCCCUUAGUAUAUUCAUCUUUUGUUCAGUCCUUUAUAGCUCUGUAAAUAAUUGGUUACCAAGUGAAUUUCAUAGUAGGUAUGACUUAAGAUUCACAUUACAGUUUUUCAGACAUUUACACAGCUGUUUAUUAAUUAUAAUUAUGUUUGAAUAGAGAAAACAUGAAAAUAUUAGAUGUUACUAAAAAUAAUCAUCCUCAAAAGACAUACUGGAUUUUACCCAAAACAUUCAAUCAUGUUGGGUUGAACUGACAUGGUUUAUGAUUGAAAUUUAUUACAUGCAAGUUGGUAAUGGAAAAAUUUUAACAUUAUAGUAUUACUUCCUCUGUUGCCAGAUUGAGUUCUGUAAUUUUUUAGAAUGGUGACAGGGUAAAGGGGUUUAUCGAAAAUAUGUUGCCAAGCUUUCAUCUCUUUGUAACUGCCAGUACAGCAAAGAUUUUAAAUAUGGAUAGUUCAAUUAUAACCAAGAAAUGAGUGUUCAAUCUAUGAGAAUGUUGAGAACAUUGUGCACUUGAACAUGUUUCUCUGAACUGAUUGUAGUAUCAAAAGAGACUGAAGUAGUAUUUUGUAUAAUUAUAGGUAAAAUCUAAUUGAUCUUUCACAGUGAGAGUAAUUUAGUUACUUUUGUAUCUUAAUGUAAAUAGUGUGGCAAUGUCAUAGGACAUUAAAUAUACAAUAUUUGCAAUGUUAAUAUAGCAUAAACCAUUUUUUUCUUGCUGAGAAAUUGCUAACUUUCCUUAAACUGUAUUACUCCCUCUAUAAAGUAUGAACAAAACCUUUCAUUCAGUAAAAUAUUUUCUAGAAUCAUGACAUAAUAGUAUGGUAAUUAUUUUAAUUUCUGAAAAAAAUCUUUACAGUUUUUUUAAUACUGCAUUGUAUGUACAUAAUUACUGUCUCAUUGGAAUUAUCAUCCAUCAAUAAAAAAUCCCAAAUUUCAAAAAUAUAAAUGAUUUAAAAUAUAAUACAGUAAUGUAAAUUGCCCUCAUAGUAAAGCAUUUUAGUAAUUGUGAAUAUAAUAAAAAGCAUAUACAAAUUUAAAGUUUACUGUAUGUCAUUUGAAAGGAUAAUGUCACUGGCAUGUGUAUACUAAAGGAGUUAGAACAAACAGGAGUCAAUUAUUGAUCCUAACAGAACUUCAUUUCAUGUACAAGCAGUAUAGUGUUGGACAUCCCUCUGUCAAUUAUAACUGAAAAUCAGUGUAAAUUUCAAAUAUAAAUUUUAAAAUUUCCAUUGCAACAAAAAAUAUUUUUAUUUUAUACAUAUUCCAGAAUAUGUCAAACUCAAUGGCCAAAAAAAAAAAAAAAAAAAUGCAGUGCAGUACGGUAUUGUUAUUGUAAUCUACAUCUCAUGCCAUGUUCUCUGAUCCAGUCUGGUUAGACUGCAAAAGCUAUGUAAUAACAUUUCACAUUGUACAUAUCCUAGGAAUAUAUAUAUAUUUAAUAAAAGUGUUAUAAUGAA